AUGGCCAUUGCUCCAUGGCACCGCAUGACCCGAGAUCUUACUACUCAACGCUCACCAUCCGCCUCGCCAGGCACCCCCUCGGACGUGGCGACGGAGGUCACACGCGCCAAGCGAAUGCAAGCCUGGAUAGUCAACGAAACCAACAAGAUACACAAGAACUGGAACGUCGCCACUGUCGACGAAGAAAUCCUCAUAGAAGCUCUAGAAGCCCUAUCCGGAGAGAAGAUGCCAGAUUGGCUACCAACACGCGUGCGAUUCGUCCCCGAAGAAGGCGAAAUGGCUCUACACAUGGAAUUCGAGAACAGAACAGGGACCUACUCCACCGGGAGAAUCGAUGUAAGCAAGGAGCCUCCGCGCAAAUUGGCGAUGCCGCCGCAUCCUGGGGAAAAGGGACAAGAAUGGCAGAGGAAGAAUGUACAUGUGGUCGAGCUACCGCUCAGAGGAGGGCGGAAUGAAAGACCUCUACAUCGCUCUCCUUCUUCACUCCUCACAGACCUCCUCUCCUUAUGUCUUCUGCAACCUCCUCCUCACCCCCUCGUCCUACCGUCCCCAAAUCUGUCGUAUACCACAACCGGCAUCCUAAUAUCCCUUGUGUCCAUCACCGGUAUCCCCGUGGUACUCCUGCCACAUGCCCGUGAGCUGCUGGGCGCCGCACUUUGCGCACUUGAACUGGUGCUGGAACUGCGGGUACGGGCUCCGCGGGACGUUGUGCACGAUGUUCGCGGCGCAGCAAGAGGGGUUGCAGCAGAAGUAGGUGUAUGA